GCACUUGCAAGUAAUAAAAUAAACCGACUUGUUACUUGACUUGCCUAUGACGAGUAACUUGAAUUUUCAAGGUGAGUACGAGCCGAGUAGCGAGUACUUGUGCCCCGGCCUAAUUCAACACAUUCACACGGUAACAAAAAGCCAAACACUACAAGAUCUUGUAACAGUAAUUGUGCAUGAAUCGGCUCUCAACAAUUGACUCAUGACACUCAUCCUUCAACAAGAUCUUGUAGCAGUAACAGCUCUUUGAGACUUUGAGUCCUUGUUUUGGUUUUACUAAUAUGACUAGACGAAAAAGACAAUAAUUAAGUCUUUCAAUUGAUUACCAUUUAAAGUCAACGUUAUGAGUCAGUAGCUUUCCAUUGAUGAAUCAAGUUCAGCUUUUCGAUGCCGCACUGUUUUACCUUCAAGCCAGCUUCUCCAGAGGGCUCUCUCGGCGACGACCAUCUUCCCCAUCCUUCCCCAGAGGGAAGUGUUGCCUCCACUUUUAACCUCAGCCACGAGUUAGCUCAUGCUUUUCAAACCCCGUCGUACCACGACAUACGUUCACGGCUUCUUGUUAUUGACCCAACACAAGAAAAUCUCGAGCUGUUUCUUUCUCAAGAGCUCAGACCAAACAACGAAUCCGUUCAAGAAGCUCUUAGUCUUAGACACGCCAAGCAAACUACACUUACCAAUCUUGUCUCUACUUACUUCCAACACAGCGAAGACGCCACCCGAUUUUGCUUGAAUCUUUACCAAAACGUCCACAGUGCUCGCUGCCACCUCUACACACCCCUCUUAGACCUCUUCAAUAUCUUUCCCCGUGAUUCCCAUUCCGCAAUUGACGAGUCCUUCUGUAACUUAGCAUUCGACGUUUUUCUUAAGCUUGACACGUUUGAAAACCCUUUCGCAUCUCCUGAAUCUCACAGCUUUCAAGACACCCAAUUAUGCUUUUAUCAGCUGGCUGACAAGCUGGACACCCGUAUUCGUAAGUCUAAGUCACGGGUCCGCCUCCUCCAUCAUGCCACAGCUGGUUCUGCCUUAUGUCUUGUAACUGCUGUUGUUGUGGUUGCUGCUUCUGCGGCAUUUAUCGCAUAUCAUGCACUUCCCACCAUUCUUGUUGUUGCAGGUCCCUUGUGCACUCCCUACCUCCCUCACAGUUUCAAGAAGAAGGAGUUGUCUAACAUUUUUCAGCUAAAUGUUGCUGCCAAGGGUACUUUUGCGCUCAACAAAGAUCUUGACACCAUUGACCGUCUUGUCUCCCGUUUGCACACGGGGGUUAAAAACGACAAGCUUCUUAUUCGCCUUGGAUUAGAGAGGGGGAGGGACGUGUAUACAAUUCCGGAGUUUGUGAAACAGCUUCGAAAGAGCCAUGUUAACCACACCCAUCAACUCGAGGUUCUUGUGGAUCAUAUAUGUCGUUGGUUCACUAAUGUUAACAAAUCCAGAUCGUUGCUCCUUAAAGAGAUCCUUCGUCCCCAAACGUAAGCUCCUCAACCUAUUUGUAUCAGUGGUUUUUUGAGCUUAUGCGAGAGGACAACAGGACCGAGGCAAUAUACAGACGUUGUAUCUGUAGCUAGGAAUAGAGACUUUUUAUCAUCAUAUUUGAUAGAUCAUAGACUUGUCUGCAUUAAGCAGAUAUUGGAUGUUGUAUUGGUUCAUAUCAUCAAAUCAGACAAUUAUUUUGUUUUUUUCACUUCAGGUUAAAGAUUUAACAUUAG